AUGGACGAUUACAGCGAGCAGACUCUCUGCGACCAUGAAGCAGACCGUCAAACGCGCGAGGUCUAUCGAUAUUUCCAACCUUCAAAUCCAGCGGCGCUAAAUGCGGUUUGGCCUCCUGGUGAUCAUGAAGCCGCUACAGUCGACCCAUCGACGGCUACGAACUCGGUUAUUCUGGAUGACGAGGUUUCUGAGGCGGACUCGAUUGAAGCCAGUCCCCUGUACAGCCCGAAUACUACUUUGACGUCUCUUGCGCAGCUGGCAGCUCUACGCCUGAAUGCACAGCGUGCCUUUAUCACAAUCUUGAAUCGGGACUCUCAGUUCAUAUUGGCCGAAGCUACAAGAACAACGAACGUGGGAAACUCGACAUUACCCGGUGAAAAGGGAGACAAACUCUUCGCUGGAACAUCCACAUUGGCAGAUGCUUGGAAUAUUUGUCAGGAAACGGUUAAAAUUCAGUCGGACGAACAGCAAGAUGGAACAUAUCCCUUUUUGAUUAUCAACGAUCUUGGACAGGAAGAUCGCUUCAGGCAAUUGCCCUUCGUAGAAGGCGAGCCACACUCCCGAUUUUAUGCCGGAACGCCCCUAACGAGCGAGAGCAACAUCAAUUUGGGAUGCUUGUUUGUGUUGGAUGACGAACCCCGUGACGGGUUGUCCGAUAUUGAGAAGGAUACACUAGGGACAGUGGCAGCAAUGGUUAUGGACUAUUUACAGGUCAGCCGCCAGGCCAUUGACGGACGCCGCGCCUCGCGGUUAUCGCAGGGGCUCCGUCUUUUUGUGGAUGGCAAAUCCAGCUUCGCCAAUAAUGUUCCUAUGUCUCGUUCGCACAGCUCAAACCAUAGUCCGUCCUCGCGGGCAUCGCCUUAUUCUAGGGCGAGCCGAUCUACAAGCUCUCGAAAUAGCGGUGUGAAUCUCCGCUCAGCACAUUUUGAGAACGAUGAUCUGCCCCUUCAAGAUGGCGAUCCACGAUCUUUGAGCCCAGUCUCCACCGAGGAGUUGAACAUAGGCAUUCCAGCUAGCCCAGCGCUAUCAUCGCAUGGCUUGCGACCAGGUGACAACGGUUCGACUGUCUCGAGCAACAAUGAUUGGCUUUUUCAGCGAGCUGCGAACCUCUUACGACAAAGCCUAGACUUGGACGGCACUGGCGGUGUGGUGUUUUUGGAGACCGGGGAUGACUCGUCAGGAGACGGUGUCGCCGGCAGCCAUUGUUCUCCUGCUGAUUCCAAGACUCCUGCGCCUGUUCUUGCGCUAUCCACCAGAGAUGAACCAUUUGCAUACCAGACGGGCUCUGAGGCAUCAUACCCUGCGGCAAAACUCGACAAUGUCUUUCUAAAGCAAUUAUCUCGUCGCUAUCCCAAAGGUAGACUCUGGUCAUUUCAUCGUGAUGGGACUUUGUCCACUUCGGACGAAGAGCAAUCCAUCGGCUCCUCUCGGAAACGGAAUAAAAGGACCGGGGGCUCAGAAGCCAGCAAACUGAGUGCCUACUUCCCUGGCGCAUGUCAGGUCAUGUUUGUUCCACUAUGGAAUGCCACCAAUUUGCAGUGGUUUGCAGGGUGUUUCUCUUGGACUCCUCAGCCGACACAAGUUUUCAGUCGGGCUGUCGACCUGAGCUCAAUGUUUGGCUUCGCUUCAUCCAUCAUGACCGAAUAUAGCCGUGUGGAAUCAGUUGCCGCAGACCGCCAAAAGGGGGAUUUCAUAAGCAGCAUUUCUCAUGAAUUGCGCAGCCCAUUACAUGGCGUCUUAGCUGCCGCCGAGUUUUUGGGAGGCACUCACUUGGACGAGUUCCAGGAGUCUCUCCUUGAGACGGUAAAUGCAUGUGGUCGCACUCUCUUGGAUACGAUGAACCAAGUAUUGGAUUUUAGCAAAAUCUUGUCAUUGGAAAGGCAGAGGAAGAGGUUUAAGCACAGAAAAGACCCAUGGAAACCUAAAACUCCAGACGAAGAUCCAGCGCGGCUGGAUCCACUCGUGGUAACAGACGUUGCCACCUUAACAGAGGACGUUGUUGAUAGCGUGUGUUUGGGGCAUUCUUAUAUCCAGAGGACAGCAUCGUUAAUCAACCAUCCCACUCGCAUUCAACCAACUCCGUCUUCUAUACCAGCCACAGGGAGCAACAAAGUUGACUCCAGCUCGGACGUGGAGGUUGUCGUCGAUAUUAGUGAUAAUGACUGGUUUUACAAAGUCCAGCCAGGAUCGCUGAGGCGCCUGAUCAUGAAUCUUCUUGGAAAUGCCCUGAAGUAUACCAAAAAGGGCCAAGUCACUGUCUCCAUUCGGGCAACGGAACAUUCCAAGGGUCGUUCUCGACGUCAGGGCCUUGAAGACAUGGUAACCUUGACUAUUUCAGACACGGGCCAAGGCAUCUCAAACGAAUACCUUCGGACCCGUCUAUAUACCCCAUUCGCACAAGAGAACCCACUAUCUGUAGGUACUGGCCUCGGUCUGUCAAUUGUUCGCGGCAUUGUGGGAACACUUGAUGGAAAGAUCAGCAUCCAAAGCCAAGUAGGUGAAGGCACUACUGUCAAGAUAUCAAUACCCCUCGAGCGUCCAGUGGGAGAGAAGAGCCUGCCGUCAAUGGUUCAUGUCACAAGUUCGGAACAAAAGGCACUUACAGCGUUGUCCCGACUGCGUCAGCUGGAUCUGACUGGGAAACGUGCUGCGAUAUGGGGGGUCGAUUCUUCCUGUCUUGGUGAGUAUCAAUUCUGGUCAUCGAUUGCUCGGUAUGUCACGGAGUGGUAUGGCUUGAAGCUGGUGUCUUGGUCCGCCAAUGAGCAUAUUGAUGUUCUAUUUGCAAAGGAAAGCGAUUUGCAUACAGACGGGUUCCAACGUCUGCGCACUACAUUUCCAAGCAUGAUUAUUUUUCGCAACGAUGCAGACAGCUCUAGUGAUACUAGGACACAAUGGUCGCACCUUGCCGAUUCUCUGACGAUCCUUCGUCGGCCUUGCGGUCCACACAAGCUCGCCAGAGGAAUUUUGAAUUGUCUUAAUUCGGAGCCGGUAUCUGCUACGCUGCGUUCGCUCAGUCCUGGACAAGCAUUCGUGGUCCCAGAACGACCCAAGCUUUCGGAACCGGCCCCACCAACGGGGAGGUCUACAUCACCGCCAUCAGGAAACCUAGAACCAACGGAUGCUAAACCAUCCAAUCCUAUGCCAGGUGCUCACAGUCGCGACGUGGGCCUUGCGGGACGUGAUGUUCUUGUACAGUCUCCAGAUACAGAAACCCCUCGUCGCAGCACACCCGGAAGCGCCGCUUCCAGCACACAUACACCUUCGUCUACUCCGCCGCCCAGUGGCUCAGCCCUUAUUGACUCCUCAUCUGGGAUCAAAAGCAAACCCCGGGUGUUGCUGGUGGAUGACAACGAUAUCAACCUUCGCCUUAUAGUGACUUUCAUGAAAAAAAGAAAGGUCACGAGUGUAGAUACGGCACGGAAUGGCAGAGAAGCUGUCGACUUCGCUGAAAAGAUGCUGCCGGGGUACGACCUCAUUUUCAUGGACAUGUCUAUGCCCGUAAUGGACGGGUUCGAAGCGACGCGUGCCAUACGUGCGAUUGAAAAAGAGCGGGAUGGCUGCGUUCCGGCCAAGAUCAUUGCUUUUACUGGACUCAGUAGCUUGCGCGCUGAGUCUAAUGCAUUGGAGUCAGGAGUGGACUUGUUCCUUACGAAACCUGUCUCGUUCAAGGAAUUAUCACGUCUGAUCGACGAGUGGGAAAUUGGAGUGUUAAAAUAA